AGAUUCCAGGUGCAAGAUUAUAAAGAAAAUAUUUGUUAUUUCCACAAAAUAUAAGCAGACGACUGCAGUGAUUACAGUACAGAAAAAAAAAAAACAUAUUAACACUCAGGCGAUAGCGAUGGCACGUUCAGGGGCCAUGGCACUAACGCUGGACAAGUUUGAAUGUGGAGGUGAACCAACUUCCUUGGGAAUACUAUGGGAACGUUGGAAAAGGGCCCUCCUAAUAUAUAUAGAUGCAGCAGGCAUAGAUAAAAAUGAAAAGAAGAAAGCCAGCCUUCUUCAUUUUGGAGGACAGGAACUACAGGAGAUUUUUUACAAUAUCCCAGAUCCUAAUACCGAAGAUGGCGGACUGAGAAGAGACGUUUUUCAAGUGGCGUUGGCGAAGCUAGACUCAUACUUCUCGCCGAAACAAAGUAAAGUGUAUGAACGGCAUCUAUUUAGACAAGUAAAACAAGAACUAAAUGAAAAAUUUGAGAAAUUUUUAAUAAGGCUAAGACAGCAAGCGGAUAAAUGUCAAUUUCAUAAUAAGGAAGAGCAUAUAAUUGACCAAAUUAUUGAAAAAGGAUCAUCAAGUGAGUUGAGAAAGAAGAUUUUGCGUGCAGGGGACGAAAUGACUCUUGACAAGAUAAUCAUAGAGGCCAACUCUUUGGAAGCAGUUAACAGGCAACUGGAAGAUUUCGAAGAAAAAGCUGCAGGCAAGGAAGGAGUCAAUAGAGUAAGUACAAAGCAAAAUAAUAACAAUGUCAAGAAAUUUAAAGAACCAUGUCAACGAUGCGGAAGCCGUACUCAUCUAAAAUGCCCAGCAAUUGAUAAAGAAUGUUUUAGAUGUAAGCGUAUAGGCCAUUUCCAGCAAAUGUGCCGGAAAAGGAAAAUUGCUGAUGAUAGGAAUUUCAACAGUAAGAAUUUCAAAGGUAAUAAGGAAUCUCAGGACAUUAACCAAAUGACUUCACAAGUAACAGAAGAAAUACAAUAUGUCUUCAAUAUCGACAAUGAUGAUACUAUUGAAUGUUAAGUAGGAGGAGUCAAAAUGAACAUGUUGAUUGAUUCUGCCUCCAGAAUUUAUAAAGGAAGUUUAAGUUUUUUUUUAAGUUUAAGUUCAAUUUAUAAAUUUAUUAUUUUGUAAAGGAAGAAACCUGGAUACAAAUAAAAAAAUAAAAUAAAAAAAACCUGAUUUAUGAUCAAAACAAAGAUUUGGAUAAGACAUUUUUACCUUAUGGGAGUACAACCCUGCUAUCCCUACAAGGCACUUUUAAAGUAAAAAUAAAAGUCGGAAAUCAAACUCAAGAGGCUACUUUCUAUGUUAUUGCUGAGGAUACAAGAGAUCUAUUAGGCAGAGAUAUAGCGAAACAGUUGGGUGUUCUUAAAUUAGGCUUGGAUAUCAAUCAGAUUAAAGAAGAAACAUUUCCUAAGAUAAAAAAUGUCUUGAUACAUAUACCCAUAGACAAUACUAUCCCACCUGUAUCACAGCCACUCAGAAGACACCAUUGGAAAAGAAAGUGGAAGAAAAGUUGGAAGAAUUGAGCAAGAGAGACAUAAUAGAAGAAGUAUCAGGCUCAUCAAAAUGGGUAUCUCCAAUUGUACCUAUUUUAAAAGAAAAUGGAGACCUUUGAUUAUGUGUAGACAUGAGAAGGGCAAAUGCAGCUAUAAUGAGAGAAAUAUUAGUUUAUAGAAGAGACAAAGAAGAGCAUGACGCAAGGCUCCAACAAGUAAUAACCGUGUUAAAUGAUAACAAUGUAGUACUAAAACAAGAAAAAUGUAUAAUCAGAGUCACUAAAGUACACUUUCUAGGACAUGAGCUAUCAGCGGAGGGUGUAAUGCCGUUGCAAAAGUAUUUAUCGGCGAUUCAGCAGUUCAGGGCACUUAAAACUGUUGCUGAAUUACAGAGUUUCAUGGGUUUGGUAACAGAGCCUAUGAAACUGCUUCUGCGGAACAGGCCUGGAAAAAAAUAUGAGCCCUCAAAAUGACGGGAUGUAAACAACAAACUGCCUUUGAAACACUGAAACAAGCAAUCAGCAACAUACCUACAUUAGACUACUCGGAGAAAGACCCGGAAAUACAAAAACUCAAAGCAGGACUGUACCACAACAACUGGGAUGAAGAGGUGAAAACAUGCAAACUAUUUCAGACAGAGUUAUGUUUUUAUGAAAAAAUUCUUCUGAGAGGAAUACAUAUAGUUACUCCAAAAGAUCUUCGAAAGACAAUCCUUGAGGCUGAUCAUGAAGGUCAUCCAGGAAUAGUCGCAAUGAAAGCCCGGUUGAGAGCAAAAGUUUGGUGGCCUAAAUAUGAUAAAGAGGCCGAGAAGCUAGUUAAAUCUUGUGCCGGAUGUACAUUGGUAUCAGCUCCAAACCCGCCUAAUCCUUUAAAGCGUCGUGAACUGCCAGAUGAAGCAUGGAAGGAUGUGGCAAUAGAUUUGCUUGGUCCAUUAUCCAGCGGAGAUCAUAUUCUGGUGAUAGUCGACUAUUUCAGCAGAUACAAAGAAGUCAAAAUAGAUAGCACAGAAAUGAUCAAACAUCUGACUGAAAUUUUCAGUUGUCUGAGUGACCCAGCGACCAUCACGGCGGACAAUGGACGCCAAUUUAUAUCUAAAGAGACUGCGAAUCAGUCAGAUAGAGAAAAAAGAUUGGAAAUUAGCCUUGUUGGAGUAUCUAAGAAUGUACAAUGGCACUCCACAUUCUGUUACAGGCAAAACACCCUCAGAGCUAUUUUUCAGGCGACAAUUUAGAGAUAAAAUUCCCAUGAUUAGUGACUUGGGUCAGAACGGAGAUUUAGAUUGGAAAAAUAAAGAUGUUGAUGUAGACAUGAGGGAUAAGGACAAAGAAUUGAAAGAUAAAGGUAAGGAGUAUGCUGAUGAAAAAAGAAAAGCUAAGAAAUGUGAAUUGGUACAGGGAGACAAAGUAAUAAUGAAAAACAUGACAAAGGACAAUAAGCUCAGCACACCAUUUGGACCAACAGCUCUUACGGAGAAAAGGUGAGCGGAGGGGACGUAGAGGUCCUCAACGAAGAAACGGGCCAAAGGUAUCGUAGAAAUGUGGUCCAUCUCAAAAAAGUAGACGGAGAGUGGCAGAUUAAUCUAGUUAUAGAUUAUUGAAUUUCUUGGUUGAAUUCAUAUUGUAACAGCUGUUUGAUUUGCAUAUUUUAAUACAGUAUUGAUAGUA